UUCAACUUUUUAUGACAUAAUUAGAUUUACUAAAGCAUAAUUUUUUAGUUCAUAAAAAGUAAAAAUUAUGAUUUUGUAUGUUAUGACGUCAUAGUUUCGAUUUUGUGUGCCAUAUUUUUUUUUUUUUUUUUCAUAAUUAUGACUGUCAUAAUUAUGAUGUCCAAAUUUAUACUUUGUAUGUCAUAAUUAAGAUGUAAUAUGAUUUUUAGGUCAUAAAAAGUAAAAAUUACGACUUUGUUUGUUAUGACUUCAUAUGUCAUAAUUUUGACUUUUUGUGCCAUAUAUUUUUUUUUUAUUAUGACUAAUUAUGACUGUCAUAAUCCUAACCCUAACCUUCAAGCCAGGAGGGUCAGACCCCCUAAUUAUGACAAAGUAUGUCAUAAUUAUGAUGUCAUAAUUUCAACUUUUUUUAUGUUAUAAUUUAUACUUUUUGUCAUAAUUUAUACUUUUUAUGUCAUAAUUAAGAUUUACCAAAGUAUGAUUUUUAGGUCAUAAAAAGUAAAAAUUACGACUUUGUUUGUUAUGACUUCAUAUGUCAUAAUUUUGACUUUUUGUGCCAUAAUUUUUAUUUUAUUUUUUUUUUCAUAAUUAUGACUAAGUAUGUCAUAAUUUCGAUUUUUUUAUGUUAUAAUUUAUACUUUUUGUCAUAAUUUAUACUUUUUAUGUCAUAAUUAAGAUUUACCAAAGCAUAAUUUUUAGGUCACAAAAAGUAAAAAUGAUGACUUUGAAUGCUAUGUCUUAAUAUGUCAUAAUUUUGACUUUAUGUGCCAUAAUUUUUUUUUUUUUUUUUCAUGAUUAUGACUGUCAUAAUUAUGAUGUCCUAAUUUCGACUUUUUAUGUCAUAAUUUAUACUUUGUAUGUCAAAAUUAAGAUUUACCAAAGCAUAAUUUUUAGGUCAUAAAAAGUAAAAAUUAAGACUUUGUGUUAUGACUUAGUAUGUCAUAACCCAACCAUAAACUUCGAGCCAGGAGGGUCUGACCCCCUAAUUAUGACUAAGUAUGUCAUAAUUAUUACGUCAUAAUUUCUUCUUUUUAUGUCAUAAUUUCUAUCUUUUUAUGUCAAUUUAUACUUUUUGUCAUAAUAAAGAUUUACCAAAGCAUGUUUUUUUUUCUUAUGCGACUGAAAUGGGCUUCCAAGACCCCCAACAUUUGUAGAGCUUUUUCCCGAACAUUUUUAGGGCAGCUUCACACCAGGAGGGUCAGACUCCCUCCCGCCCCACCUGCUGAUUGAGACAUGACAGUGUGCUUUAACUGCGCGCGCCAGGCUGGAGCCAUCAGGUGCCCUCACAUGAUCAGCACGAGCAUCCUCAGCAUCAGCAUCCAGCUUCACACAAAGGCAACACAAGUCAGAGCACGUGCGGAUAUAAAUGAGACAGGUCUCUGGAUCUCCAACUGCGCCUCACGAUGAGGGAACUUCUGAAGUUUGGGAGGUGUUUAUCCACUCUUGUAGCCUAUUUAUUUCCCGGCGGCUUUUUGGAGGCAGCAUUGUGAAUGAGGGACGAACGGUUAAGAAGUGAAUGAAUGGACUUAUAUUUAUGUAUCAGAUUUAUGAAUGGGCGUCUUUGACAAGCACAGCGCGCUUCAUAAGUUUUCAUGAUCGACCAAAGAGACGCUGGAUUACAAUUUUGUCUAAAAAAAAUCGCCGCAAUUUUAUUUGAAACGGUACUAUUUUUUCUCUCAUUUACGAUUUAACUCGAAAUCAACUCGAAAUCCCUUCAUGGCAGCUGUAAGAGCGCGCGACUGAACUGGCGCACUACCCGCUGCUGCGCGGUGUCUGGAUGCGCGCGCUGCGCGAUAGAUACCCGUGGCACGGAGGACUGGACCCCUCACCGCUGCCCUGUGAUGAUGAAUUGAGGAUGGUGGAGGGAACGGACGCCCCUUUGAGGAACAUUUCGACAGGAAAUCGGGACAGCAAAUACCUCUCUUUCCCCUGGGUGGUGACUUUACUCUCCAGUGUUCUGAUCACCACGAUUAUAGUAGAUGUUCUGGGCAACCUGUUGGUCAUUGUAUCAGUCUUCAGAAACAGAAAGCUCAGGAAGGCAGGUAAUGCCUUUGUGGUGAGUUUGGCGAUAGCAGACCUGCUAGUAGCCAUCUACCCCUACCCACUCGUCCUAACUGCCAUCUUCCACGACCGCUGGAUUGCUGGUGAUAUUCACUGCCAAAUCAGUGGCUUCCUCAUGGGGCUCAGCGUGAUCGGCUCUAUUUUCAACAUCACAGGUAUCGCCAUCAACCGCUACUGUUAUAUCUGCCACAGCCUUAAGUACGACAAGCUCUUUUCCAACAAGAACACAGUAUGCUACGUGGUGCUGGUCUGGGCGCUGACUAUCCUGGCAAUCGUCCCCAAUUGGUUUGUGGAGUCUUUGCAAUACGACCCACGCGUCUACUCGUGCACCUUCGCCCAAUCUGUGAGCUCGCUCUACACCAUCACGGUGGUGGUGGUACACUUCAUUCUGCCCAUCGGCAUCGUCACAUACUGCUACCUGCGCAUCUGGAUCCUCGUCAUACAGGUCCGCAAACGGGUCAAGCCCGACAGUCGGCCCAAGAUCAAGCCUCAUGACUUCCGAAACUUUCUCACCAUGUUUGUGGUGUUUGUGUUGUUCGCUGUCUGCUGGGCUCCGUUGAACCUCAUAGGCCUGGCGGUGGCGAUCCAUCCUAGACUCGGUCAAGCCAUACCCGAGUGGCUCUUCACAGCCAGCUACUUCAUGGCAUACUUCAACAGCUGCCUAAAUGGUGUUAUAUAUGGAGUGCUAAACCACAACUUUCGAAAAGAAUAUAAAAGGAUUGUACUUGCUAUUUUCAAGUUUAAUUGUUGAGUUUUCACAAUGAGACAAGCACUGUGUCUUUCUUAAAAUUUGUAAGUUAUUCAAAUGUAAUGAUGCAUCUUUUGUCAUUUGAAUGUUUGAAUUUUGUUAUACCAAAUAUGGUCAUAUUUUGAGUCACUGUAUAUACAUGCUUAAAUUUGCACAGAAUUAUAUAUGUUUAAACUUGAGUUUCUCGUUUACAUUAUCAUCUACACAAUAAGUUCUUAUUUAAAUAUUUAAUUGGCAUCUAUAUGUAAAAGAUGGUGUCCUAAAGGCCCGUUCACACCAAGAACAAUAACUAUAUAGAUAACAAUAAAGAUAUAGUUCUAAAAAUUGUUCUAAAUAUAAAAGAAUAGCACUGUCCACACCACAGCUAUAACGAUAACGAUAUAGAGAAACGAUAUCGUUGGGAUCACUUUAACAAUGAUAAAACACUGACAGCCAAUCAGAAUCCAUUCUAAUUUAAUUUAAAAUGGCGGACGACAUUGCGGAGAAGUUAAUGGCCGAGGUCCAGAAAAAGCCACCACUGUUUGACAAGUCAAGUUUUCAAGGAUACUUUAAAGAAAAUGGAUAUAUGGAAAACAAUCGGUCAUAAGUGGUGAGAAGUAUUAAUAUGAGAUCAUUAUGCCAGGCUAGCAAACAGUGUAAAAAAAUUACCUCAGGUAUCCAGCGCUAGUUUCGACAAUACGGUCUUGCUUCCUUUGAAGUUGCAGUGAAAGAGACUUUCCUCAGCUAAAUUCACUGCUAGAUUAGAUCGAUUGCACUAGCUAUUCACUCGAAACAUAGCACGCUGAAGACAUCUGCUGGUUAAAGCCGUGUAAAUGCAACAAGAACAGAAAAAAAACAUGUCGUACACACUUUGAAACGGCAGCGCGUGAGCUUACAAUAACAGACCGUUAUCGUUCGUUGGAGUGAACGCAAAUAUAUUUAUUUAUCUUUAUAGUUAUCGUUCUUGGUGUGAACGGGCCUUAAAACUAAUCAAAACCCAUGAUAAAGACCAUUCUAAAUACUAUUUUAAUUAAAAUAGUGCUUGACUUUAUUUAAAAUCAAUGUGAUUGUCAUUUGUUGAAAAUUCAAAUGCCUGAAAAUGUUUAUAUAUAAUGCAUUUAAAAAAAUAUUUAUAUAUAUUAUAUAUACUAUUUAUUUAAAUAUUUUCUGAAAUGCUAUUGCUUUAAAACAUGAUUUUUUAUUUUUUUUUUAAUGCUGUCUCAUUUACAUGUUAAAUAUUUGAUUCCAUUGGAGAAAGAUCUACCAAAACAAUUAGUGAAUAUUUGAAGUGCUAAUGGAGCAUGUCAAACGAGUUAUUAGGAGAAAUGUUGAGAUCAUUUUCAGGUCAUAAUUAAGUUCAUCAUGAUUAAACUUAAAUCUACUUAUCAUUUAAUCUCAAUUUAAUAAACUCCAUUAAGUCAAUUUUAUUAGGGUGACAGAAGUCCCAUAUUUGGAGAGACCUGAUAUUUAUUUCUUAAUAAGAAAAUAUAUCUAUGUUAUGAAUGAAUUAUGUAUUAAUGAGGAUAUAUGAGAUUUUAAUAAUUACAUUUGUGAGCAUAUUUUUGCUGAAGUAAUAGGGUUAUGCUAAAUGAAAUUACCUCAAUUACAAAAAAGAGUAUAUGAUUUAUUCUAAAUUAUUUCACACGAAUAUAUCAAUACAAAUGAACUGAUUCUUGAAUGUUUCAAAAAUGCACAAAGAAUAUUAAGUGUUCCAAUGGAAAGCACUUCCAUGCAUCCUACAAAAAUUUGUUUUUGUGCGUAAAGGUGGUUGGAAAUCAUAAAGUGCAAUGCUGUUUUAUUUGAAAUCUCCACUCUGCACAUUUUCCGAUCAAAUAUUUAUUAAACAAUCAUAUUUUUAUAUGUAGACAUUCCUGUGAAUGCACUUGGACUCUGAGUGCUGCAUUCAUUCUCAGAACAAUGUUUAAUAGUAAUUAAAUCCUAAUAAAAUUUGAUCACUGUGCAACACAAGAAAAUAUAUGAAAUAUUCACUCCACCGUGGGGAAAGAAAGCUAUGUUUUACAUAGAAGUAAAGAAACCAUUUCUGACAUGUGGUUGUUUUUAUAGAUGAACACCAGAAGUACAUGCUUGGCAAGAUGUAUGUUGUUACAACAAAGAAUAAAUACUCACAAGUCAACACACGUUAGAAUCGAACAUUUGCCCAGGGCAGUUUUCUUCAUGGUGUGCUGCCAGACAUCAUUAACCAUUCAGAGCAGGUUUGGCAGAAGAAAAACUAUAGAUCUCUGACAGGGAGCUCUGUGGGUCAGCGAGGACAAAUAGCUUGUAGAUGGUAGAUUUAUGCCUCAGGGUUUCAGAAUAAAACAGGGAAACGUCACACAGAUGCUGAGGCUCACAGAAAGCCCAAAUCACAGUUAAAGGUAUCCUAUGACACUGCUUAAGCUUUGCUCAAGAGAUCGACAGUCAAGUAGCAUCUAUGGCUGGACAUGAUUAAAUUGUUCCAGACAGGC